CCGGGCAGCGUUUCCAUGCCAAAACAGCGCGUCAUGUCUGAGAGAGACAGUGGUGAAAAUCUGAAAGAAGAAACCUCUUAUGAAGAUGAACAGAAAGCAGAGGAACUUGGCUGCACUGAGAGCAGUGAAGAGAGAGAGCAAGAGCUUGAGCCUGUGCCUAUGACCCGCAAAAGACCUGAACCCAAACCCCCAAGUCAGCUUGCUGCCACAGAAAAGACCACAGCUGAAACCCUCAAGGUCUCGAAUUCUCCUGCUGGAGUUCAGACAGGAUGGGGGUACUGGGGAAGCUGGGGGAAAUCUCUUCUGUCAACUGCAUCUGCUACUGUGGCUACUGUAGGUCAAGGUAUUUCAAAUGUUAUAGAAAAAGCAGAAACAACCCUUGGGAUCCCCAGUCCUAAUGAAAUAUCUUCAGAGACUAGAGAUGCUACAACAGGAAGCGAGAAUCCUUGUGCUAGCAGCACAGAUGCAGUUGAUGAUGGCAGUUCCUUUCCUAUUGCUGGGGCUCUAGGAGUUUUAUCAACGAUCUCUACUGCUGUCCAAAGCACAGUCUUACGAGAGGCAAAGGAGAAAGAAGAGCAGCAGACAGCUACUGAGGUUACCAUGGCUACGGAGAAGAAAGCCCAUUAUGGGUUACUGUUUGAUGAGUUUCAGGGUCUUUCACAUCUGGAGGCCUUAGAGAUGCUUUCCAGAGAGAGUGAAUCAAAGGUGAAAUCGGUUCUAAAUGCCCUCUCUGGAGAAGAGUUGGACACACUGAAGGAGGAAAUGGAGCAACUCAAAGAAGCAUUUUCUUUACCUGAAUUCUUUGAAGAAGAGGAGGAAGAAAAGAAAGGAGAUGAGGAGUUCACAAAAGAAGUGACAGAGUUGUUUUCAGAAUUGCGUAUCUCCUCAAAGCCAGACAAACUGAUCAUGGUGAGGACAUCUGCUCAUGAAUGGAUAGCACAAUUCAACAGUAGUCUUCCUGAAGAAGAAAAAGAGAGUGAAGAAAACCAAGAAGUAGAAUCCAGAGAUGGUGACCAUGAUGCUAAAAAAACAGUAGAGGAUAUUCAUGCAUUUGCCAUAAGAAGUCUGGCUGAACUGACAGCAUGCUCCAUUGAAAUGUUUCACAAAACCGCAGCUUUGUUUCUACGUGGUCAGAAACAAGAGGUGGCAGCCACAGAGAGAGCCAAGUCCCUUUCACAAAUGACAAUUGUGCUCUGUAAAGAACUGUCAACUUUCUCGAAAGAGUUUACUACGUGCUUAACGACUGCAGGGGUCAAAGAGAAAGCAGAUGUGCUUAAUCCCUUAAUCACUGGAGUGUUUUUGGAGGCUUCAAACAGUGCUUCAUAUAUCCAAGAUGCCUUCCAGCUCUUGCUGCCUAUACUGCAGAUCUCUCUUAUUGAGGCUAGAACGGAACUAUCACAGGUCCCGUGCCGUCCUCCCUGCGCACAUCGCCACCGAGCUCCCGCACUGUACCCCGAGUUCCCCGGCUGGGUUGACUUGGUGGCUGCAUCGCGCUGGGACAGGCGUGAUUGCUGCCAUCGUUUACCCCAAGACUGAGCUCUGGCUGCUGGGAGUUCCCCAAAUGAUUUUUAUGUGAGGUGAAGCAUCCGUGCUAGAAAGCACCACUGCUAUUUAUUGUAAAAUUGGCAGCAACAGGGACUCUGCCACUGGCUUUGCUGAGGUGCUCCAGUGUUUAUCCACCCUUGCUGACAAAACCCAUCCCUUAUUUCUGAUCUAAGCCUGCUGAGUGGACUCCUGCUCUGCAUUUGGGGCCGGUGCAGGCUCUGGUGGAGGAGGCCUGGCACAGACAUGGCCAGGUUUUUGGGACAAGUGACUUCUGUACAGCUGCUUGCUCCCUGCAUGAGUUACCCAGGGUUAGUCUUGCUCGGUGGGAGGGGGCUCCAUGCGUGCUGCAAUUACUGUAAUUUAAAGUCAAAUGACUGUGGGAGCAACUUUGUUGUAGAGUUGAAGGCUUUAAAUGGGGCAAACCUUGUGGGAGAGGUAAUACCUUUUAUUAGGUGGAGAAAGCAAAUUAGCUUUCAGGUACACAAGCCCUUCUUGACAUUAUUGUUACUGUUAUUAUCCCAUAUUGGUGCUAUUAGAAACGAGGGCAUUGCAUUAGAGGGGAAGCACAUUAUGCAAGUGUUUAAACCUGCUGGUAACUGCUCUCUGCUGACAGGUAUUUGCUUAAUGAUAUGUUGGAGUGAAAGCCAGCAGCAAGGACAAGCAUCAGAGGGAGCGGGGAGUGCCGAGUUCUGCUGGUCCAGCCUUGCCCGGACCUCCUGGAGCCACCUGACACCUCCCACCAAGAGGGGAGCAAGGACCUGCUCGAGGUUCCUCUCGCCACGGUUUUAAGGACACCCCCAAAUCCCCUCUGCUCUGCUUCCAGCAGGGUCCUGACCAUAGCACGUUCUGAGUCCCCAGUGCCCUCCCUGGUCCCAGGGCUGGUCCCUGUGGGUGUCCGCAGCCUCUAGAGCUGCCCUGGCUUGCUUGCCAAGGGUCUUUCUGCUCCUGCCCGUGCUGGAGGCAAUGCCUCUUGCAGGUACAAAUGCGAAUGCGACUGGUCAUGUUCCUGGUGUCAUGUGCUGUCCGUGGCGGGUGGCAGAGCCAGUUUUUCUGCUCUGAAAGUGGGACUGGGGAGGAGACCGCAACACUCAAAUACCCAGAUCCAGCUGCCAGCCAGGCAUCGAGGAGGCCACUUGCCUUUUUUCAGCUGCAGGUAAGGCGCUUUCCUGUCUCCCUCCUGUCAUUGAGGGGGAUUUACAGACUUGCAUAUCAGUUUCACAGGCUGGAGAAGCAGAGCAGGAAGGCAGGGUGAAGCAGAGGGGGCAGCAGGAGCAUCUCCAGGACAGCUCGUGCUCCAUGUGGUCUUGGGGAUGGCAAUCGGGCAUCAUGCCUGAGCCUUGGGGGAAGGAGUUCAGUCCCCUGGGUGAGACAGGAGUGGGCACAAACACCGUGACCUGUCAGCCCAUUGUGUCUGGGGGCCAUCCAGGCUAUCGUAUCUGGUGGGGUAUGAAUACGCAGGUUUGCUUCGUUACCCAGUGGUCUGAUCCACGUGCACCUCACGCUUUGCUCGGCCAUGGAGGACAAAUGCAGCUUGUCAGUGGGGACCAUAGAGCUGGUCCCUGGGUUUUGCUGGUUUGCUCUGCCCGGGUUUUAGGGAACCAGCUCAUCUAGGAUAGGGAAACCUGCCUGCCUGAAAUGCAGUGUGGCUGAGGCUCUGAAAGAACAGGCAAAACUGGAUCUGCUGGUCUCGGAUGGGAAAAAGCUAAGUGUUGGCUGCCAUCACCUGAGCCACCACCUACAGUGGGGAAUGCACAGGGUGCUGGGUGGCACCUCCCCGGACAGGAGCAUGGCAGAGCUCCGGGGUGGGGGAGCCCACCCCAUCUUUUGGAAAUCUGCUGGGUUGGUCCCCAGGGACAGGGUUAAUGGUACGGUAGGGAAUCAAAGGGUUGUAGCCCCCCACAGGGGCAUUUCUUAACGUGAGCUGGGGCAGCACUACCCCUUCCCAGCCCUGGCUGCUGGGCUUUGGUCCGGUUGCCCAUCUCACAGUUCAAAGCUUGAGGUCCACCACUGGGUACCUUGUGCCUUUCCUAUCUGCUCAGUCCCCAGGCAGUGAAGGCACAAGGCAGGGGCAUUCUCCGUAGAUUUGGGGCUGGGCA